CCAGCUCCAAAACACUCACCAAUCGGACUCUUACCUCGAAUCGACUCAGACUCUUCAAAACAUGUCUUUCUCCAAUCGAUCGAAGCUCACCGGAACUCCGAUGGCGUCCACCUCCACUCAUCCGCCGCCUAACUUCUUCUACAACGACCACGAACACUCCGUCAUCGUUGAGGCACUCACCAAUGUCGUCGUCGGUUCCACCGGCACUAUCACGGCCACCACCUCCGGCGAUGUCAUCCAAGAAAUUCGAUUUCCUCCUACCUUUGAGUACUCCGGUGCAGUAUCCGCCACCGCCUCCUCCCCAAUCGGAAUUGUUCCGACCAUGAGCGUUGUCGAGACUUGCGGAGAAUGCAAAAUCGAAGGGUGCUUAGGUUGCAAAUUUUUUCCCGAGGAGAAAAAGAAAAGUGGAGCGAAAAAGAAGGCGGCGACGUCGUCGUCGAAGAAGAAGAAGUACAGAGGAGUGCGACAGAGGCCCUGGGGAAAAUGGGCAGCCGAGAUCCGAGACCCGAGAAGGGCGACCCGGGUUUGGUUGGGGACGUUCAAUACCGCAGAGGAAGCCGCACGCGCAUACGAUAAUGCGGCCAUUGAAUUUCGCGGGCCGCGAGCGAAGCUCAAUUUCCCGUUUCCCGAUAACUCACUGAGUGAUUCGCAUUCCCAAACAGAGCAGCAUUUGGAAGCAGAACGCUCAGAGUCCGUGUUGCGGCAAGCAGAGGAAGGAAAUAGAAACUCAAAUACUGGGAAUUAUUAUGACGAUGUUUGGACUAUGGGAAUUGGGAGUAGCAAGGAAAAUGAAUUCUUGGAUGGACUUGGAGACCCUGAAUUUCAACACUGGUUGAAAAUGAUGAUGGAUUUUGGAGGAGAUUCCUCGGACUCUGCUACCAUGAAUAGCCAGAGUCCUCAUAGUUGGUGAUUUUUCUCCCAGAAAAAUCCAAAUAAAAAAUUGUACAAUUUGCUUAAUCGGAGGAAGGAGAGGGAUUUUGUCCCCUGUAAUUACUUCCAGUAAUUUUUUUUGGAAGAAGGGUGCAAAUACAUGUCUCUAUAGUUUGAGUGAAUAUG